AUGGACACCGUGUCACCUGCAUCCCCAGAGCCCUUCCUGGCCACCCCGCAGGCUGAGGUGCUGGAGGAGCUGCUUCAGGCCCAGCUGGGACCCCUGCCCCGGCUUGCCGCCAUCUGCAGGCUCAAGCGGCUGCCCUCAGGAGGCUACUCCACCACAGACGACCUGCACCUGGUGUUGGAGCGCAGGCGCGUGGCCAACGCCAAAGAGCGCGAGCGGAUAAAAAAUCUCAACCGCGGCUUUGCCAAGCUGAAGGCUCUGGUGCCGUUUCUACCACAGAGCAGGAAGCCCAGUAAAGUUGAUAUCCUUAAGGGAGCCACGGAAUACAUACAGAUGCUCGGCUGUGUUCUGGAAGGAGCAAAGGUCUCAGAGAAACAAGGCCCUGAGGAGCAAACCCACAGUGCCAGAUCCUCUGACCCUCAUGUGUCCUCGACUAGAGAGCUCUUGGGAAAUGGUACCCAACCUACCAGCUGUGCGAGUGGCCUGAAGAAAGAAGAGGAGGGGCCUUGGGCGUAUGGUGGCCAUAGUGAGCCAUUGUACAGCUACCACCAGAGCACAGUCCCCGAGACUAGGAGUUACUUCAUUCAUUAG